CAAAAGUUGAACAUUCCGCUUGAACUGUUGCGUUCAAUCGAAAAGACACCUUUGCCUUCCUAUACCGACGUUGUGCGCGUCUUCCAACAUGCCGCCAACCGUCCCUCGAUUCGUGGCUGUCCCACUCCCGCCGCCUUUCCUCCUUCCUCGAUCGCUACUGCGAAAAUCCUUGAACGGCUCGCAGCGAAGAUGCAUGGGCAUUCGCUCCAUAGACCGACAGCCAAAACACAAUCCCUACAACGUCGUCCCGGGCAUUCAGCCACUUCUCUCCACGCCUGCCGCCGCCUUCGAACGAAAGUUGAGAUCAGAUACGCUCCCUCUGCGGUCAGGAGCUCUGGCGACCAAAAAGGGCAUGACCGCGGUGUAUGAUGUCGAGUCCGGAAAGAGAAUACCCUGUACGGUGCUACAACUGGACCGAAAUCAGGUUGUCAGCCACAAGACGCGAAGAAGACACGGGUACUAUGCCGUCUGUGUGGGCAGCGGCACCAUCAAUCCCAAGAAUGUGGCGAAGCCGAUGCUGGGCCAUUACUCCGUCCAGGGCGUGAGCCCCAAGAGAUUUCAACGCGAAUUUCGGGUCCGAGGCCCAGAGGGAUUGUUGCCAGUAGGCGAGGAGAUUCGAGCCGACUGGUUUAUUGCGGGACAGUUCGUGGACACUCGGUCAAAUUGCAAAGGCAAAGGGUUCGCAGGACCCAUGAAGAGAUGGGGCUUCAAAGGUCAGCCGCGAAGUCACGGCCACUCGCUCAGCCACCGAUCGCAUGGUUCGGUGGGCCCGAGUCAAGGCGGUGGUAGUCGUGUGUAUCCCGGCAAGAAGAUGGCCGGAAAUAUGGGUGGCCAGAGGAAUACAGUGCAGAAUUUGAAGGUCUUGCAGGCGGAUGCAGAGAAUGGGAUUGUCGUUGUACAUGGAGCUGUGAGUGGCCCGAACGGAUGUCUGGUCAUGAUCCAAGACGCGUUGAAGAAACCUUGGCCGGAAGUCCCCAAGCUGCCGACCACGCCCAAGGUUGAGGCACCAGUGGUGGAGGCAGAGCCUGCGAAGAUUCCUGCAUGAUAGAGCUAUACACGGCUUUGAGCCCAUUUGUAUCAUUACACCGCGGCGCCCAGGCCUGUCUGUCCAUAUUUCAAACUUUGGCCACGAAGAAUCAAGCCUGUUUCAUUAAGUGCUCAUUCCCAUGCAAUCGCGGAAAGACAAUGUAUCCUAUCAUUGUACAAAAUGAUUCCC